AUGUCAGGGCGGGACUUCCUGUUUCCUUCAUGGGCGGACAUUUUACUUUUAGAGGAGUCCACCUCCUCAGGCUGCUGGACGCCGCGUCAGACCUGCGGUGACAGGCGCGGCGGCGGUUCUUCCCCGAGCAGAGACGGGCCCAUCAGUCCCUCUCUUCCCCGCCGCCCCGGUCCUCAGCUUCCGAAGGCGGAGCCCGCGCAGGUUCCCAGGAGCUCGGGAGUGAUUAUGGACCCUGUGCAGGCGCAGGUGAACGUGGAGGAUGUGUUCGUGUACUUCUCCCCGGAGGAGUGGGGGCUCCUGGAUGAGGCUCAGCGACACCUGUACCGCGACGUGAUGCUGGAGAACUUCGCACUUCUGGCCUCGCUGGGAUGUGCAUCUUCCGUGUCCCGUGGGGCAGCCCCACUGGAGCUGGGCAGCGAACCCCGGGUAUCAGACUGGGCGCACGUGAGUCCAGCCAGGACCGAAGACGCUCAGGGUGGGUGUGGUUCUGGUUCUUGGCCUGGAACGGAGGCUGAGGAGAUACCCUUUAAGCAAAGGGUUUCUGCAGAAGGAGUGUCACAGGUUGGGACUCUCAAGGCAGGCCCUUCCACCCAGCAGGCCUACUCUGGGGAGGCAGGUGGCCUGGUCUUGAAAGACAUCUCGCACUUGGCUGAGCACGAAGAAACACACUCUGGGCAGAAACCGUGUGGGAAACAGUUCUGGUUCAAUGGGAACCUUCAGCACCAGAGACAGCGUAGUGGAGAGAAGCCCUUCAGAGGAGACAAGGGCCAGGCCUUUCUUGUGAACAACUGCCCUGUCCAGCCCCUGGAGGUGCCCUUUGUGCCUGGGGAGGCCCGUGAGGACUCCUCAGCUCGCUCAGGCAGUUCCCAGUGUGCGGAGGCCUUGCAUGGUGGACAGAGGCAUUAUGAAUGCAGCGAAUGUGGGAAAGCCUUCAGCCGCAAAGACUCGCUCGUCCAGCACCAGAGAGUCCACACUGGGGAGAGGCCGUACGAGUGCAGCGAAUGUGGGAAAACCUUCAGCCGCAAACCCAUACUUGCUCAGCACCAGCGAAUUCACACUGGAGAAAUGCCCUAUGAGUGUGGCAUCUGUGGGAAAGUUUUUAAUCACAGCUCCAACCUUAUUGUACACCAAAGAGUUCACACUGGGGCACGGCCUUACAAAUGCAGUGAAUGUGGGAAAGCCUACAGCCACAAAUCCACACUUGUUCAGCACGAGAGCAUCCACACUGGAGAAAGGCCGUACGAGUGCAGCGAAUGUGGGAAAGACUUUGGUCACAAAUACAGACUCAUCAAACACUGGAGUGUUCACACCGGGGCACGGCCUUACGAGUGCAUCGAGUGUGGGAAAUUCUUUACCCAAAGUUCCGACCUCAUUGCGCACCAGAGGGUCCACAAUGGCGAGAAGCCCUAUGUGUGCAGUGAGUGUGGGAAAGCCUUUAGCCACAAGCACGUGCUCAUUCAGCACCAUAGAAUCCACACUGGAGAGAGGCCGUAUAAGUGCAGUGAGUGUGGGAAGGCCUUCAGGCAAAGGGCUUCCCUCAUCCGACAUUGGAAAGUCCACACUGGAGAAAGGCCAUAGGCUAGCAGGGAAUAUGCCAGGUCCGUGUUCACAAGUGACUGAUGCCUGAGAGAAGCUCUGUGAGCCGCCUUGGAGAGUAGCUGGGAGUUGAACCCCCAUCCAUGUGAACACCCACCCCAGGAAGAUUCCUCUGAGGGUCCCUCCACGGGAAGCUCUCUGGAGCUUCACCUGCCCAGCACCCCUGCCACAAUCCUAUCGCUGCCAGUGUCUGCAAGGAGCCAUCCAUCCAUGCAAUGGCAGGGCCCCAUGUUGAGCAGACAUCGACCCGACAUGCUCCGCUAGGCAGACCUGUCCUCCCCCACCCCCUGCCCCCCCACU